AUGACUUCUCUCCCUCUCGAAAACUUGAUCCAUUCGUCAUCCCUUGCCAAAACCCAAAGCUCAUCUCUAAGAUUUUUAUAUAUACAUACAUCUACUAAAGCUACAAUUGCAACAAUGAAUUCCCCACAUGGAGAAAUACCUAAAUCUUUCAACACCAAUAGAAGAACUUCAGUGUCAGCAGAGGCAUUGAAUCCAGCAAAGUUAAAGUCAGAGAGUUGGAGACCACCACAAAAUAAUUUAUCUACGACGGAAGAAGAAUCAGUAGCAGAUAGUUUAAAAAAUAACUUUCUUUUUAAGCAAUUGGAUGAAAACUCAAAGAAAACUGUCAUAUCGGCAUUAGAAUCCAAGACUUUCAAAAAGGAUUCAGUAAUCAUUAAACAAGGAGAUGAAGGUGACUUCUUUUACAUAAUAGAGUCUGGUACAGUGGACUUUUACGUCAAUGAUGUCAAGGUAAGUACAAGCAGUGAUGGAUCAUCAUUUGGAGAGUUGGCAUUAAUGUAUAAUGCGCCAAGAGCUGCUACUGUAAUUGCCGUCACUGAUGUCACUGCAUGGGCGUUGGAUCGUUUAACUUUCCGUCGUAUCUUAUUGGAAGGUAGUUUUAAUAGAAGGUUGAUGUAUGAAGAUUUCCUUAAAGACAUUGAAAUUUUAAAGUCACUUUCUGAUCAAGAACGUUCUAAAUUGGCUGAUGCAUUGAGUACAGAAAGAUAUCAAAAGGGUGAUAAGAUUGUUACCGAAGGUGAACAGGGUGAAAAUUUUUAUCUUAUUGAAAGUGGAACAUGUCAAGUUUAUAAUGAUAAAUUGGGAGAAAUUAAGAAGUUGGGUAAAGGUGAUUAUUUUGGAGAGUUGGCAUUGAUUAAAGAAUUACCUAGACAGGCUACUGUUGAAGCUUUAGAUAAUGUUAUAGUUGCAACCUUGGGCAAAUCAGGGUUUCAAAGAUUAUUGGGUCCUGUGGUUGAUGUGUUAAAAGAUAAAGAUCCAACUAAAAUUCAGGAUCCAACGAUUGUAAAUUAA